GCAGCGGAGCAACAGCGACUGCAAAUGCAUUUCGGAGGAACGGAUGCAGAGAUGAGUGACUCUGACAGGGGAGAAAAAAACAACAACAACAUAGAGCUGGAGAGUGAAAGAUGGAUGUGCAGAGGGGUCAGUGACGCGUUUUGCUCUUUAGGAUGAAGCGCGUGCGUCUUCCGUGCUGCCACCGCCGCCUGCAUGCAGCCUGCCGCGCAGCCCCACCCCUGCUUCUCUUCUGCCCGACUCCCUCAGGAUAUUUUUAGCGCUGAUGAUGUGCCCUGUCAAAUCACGUAACGGAAACAACCUCAGAGCUAAAAAAGCAGAGCUGCCGUGGAGAGCCCGCAUCGGUCCGUUUUUAUUGUGAUCUGCAGGGGAAGGCCGCGAAUGAGAUGAAAUUUGAAAUUAAUUGGGUGUUUUGCGUGUUGGUGGUCCUAACCGGCUCAUCGCAGACAAGAGGUCAGAGCAGUGCUUUGCCUCCUGUCCUCACCCUGGCUGCCCUCCCAAGAAAUGCUGGAAGCUCAGCAUCUCCUGACGUGACAGAGGAUCCUGGGAAUGAGGUCCCACAGCAGACACAUAAUCCUCCAGGCAGGGAUGAAACGUCAACUCAAACCACUACCAUUACCAAGACCGAAGGGACAGUCCAUUCAGGGUCUGUGACAAAUGCAGUAUAUAAAACUGCAGUGGCUACAUCUGCACCUGUCGUCAUGACUACUCACCCUGCUGCUGCAGACAGCCUUUCAUCUACGCCGACUGUACAGAGCACCCCCCCUCCACAACACAUCUCAACCACCGAAGGCAGAGCCCUUCUGACCAGAGAUCCCCUCCUCACCUUUUCAUCUCAGCCAGCCCACACAGUGCAGGAUACAUGCUCCACAGCCCACGCCUCCACCAUCCAGCCACAGUCUGAAUCACUGACCACAGCCACAGCACAGCCGACAACCACAGGACACCCUCUGACCUCAGCUCCAGGCCGGGGUCCUGUGGGGCCAACACACCAGGAGGUCCCAUCGGAGCUUAAUGUUGGAGAUGAAGAUCUCAAGGGGCCCCGCUACCGCUCAAGCUCCCCUCUAGACCCCCUGCUGGCUGGUCUGCUGUCAGUGUUCAUCGUCACCACCGCUAUCGUCUUCGUCAUCCUCUUCCUCAAGUUCCGCCAGCGGACAAACCACCCAGAGUUCCAUCGGCUGCAGGAUCUACCCAUGGAUGAUUUGAUGGAGGACACGCCGCUCUCCAGAUACACCUACUGAUGUUAGCAUCCUGUCAGUCACUUCCACCACUCAGAGAACAGAAGCAAAGCAGACACCAAAGGAAGACCAGUGUGGCUCUGAGAAAAGAGUUGAUGCAGCUGCAUCUCUGAAGAUGAGUUCGCCCUUGUGACUGAGAGUUUUGGGUCAGUGAUAAAAAUCUUAAUCUGUUCCAUGAGAAGGAUUCAUUAAGUCUUUUAAAUGGGAGGUUUCAGAAGUACUUUUUUCCACAUUCCCUUUAAAUUUCCGUAGAUCUUCAGUCUGGUGGAAACUUUGUUUUCUUUGUUUCCUGAGGCAAGUUAUUAGUACCUCUGCACCCCCUGACUGACUCAUGUAUGCACAGCACUUUAACGUGGCAUGAAUGGUCACAGUGCCCCCCAGGGGACAUCUGAGGUAAUGUGGCUCAAGGUCGCACAAAGUCCUCCAAUGUAAUUAAUAGACAACCUCAGGUUACCCAGCAACAAGUAAGAGAGGGGGAGACAAAGAAUAAGGAUAUUAAGUGCUUCAAGACGCAUGGGAAAGUUUCCAACAAGCCUAAAACGGUUGAGGAAUAUAAAUCACGAUCCCUUAGGUGACCAAAUAUUAGUGAAGUGCAUUUUCAAACCAAAUUGCCAGGUUGCACGUGUUGUCUUAAAACUGAGGUCUUGCAGAAAAUCUACACAAAAAUCAGAAGCAUUUUACAAUUCAAAAGCCAUAUCUUUGGAAAAACAGACCGAUUCUCUUACAGUAGAAGCCACUCAUGAUUCAAUUAUUCAAAUUUAUGAAAAAAGUUACCCCAAAUUCUAUGUGGAAAAUAUUUAUUGUUGCAGCCUUUAAUGUGUAGUUACACUUGUUAAGUAACUUUUAUCAUCAUGGUCUGAUGCUGGUAUACAAAACUUGAAUUUGAAUGUUUAAUCCACCAACGCACACUGAGAACAGAACCUUGCUACACUAAAAACAAUUUAAUAUGAGUAAAUUGUAAAGGUAAAACACACUAUUAUUGUUAAAUGUGUUGUAAAAUAAAGAUUUAUAAAGAAUGUAUUUGUUUCCGCACACAAGGGAGUUUUCAAGUUUAGAUUGUCGUUACCUGUAUCUGUGUUAGUUGGAGUAUAAUGCAAAUGUGCUGAAAGCUGUUGUGUCAGUUUUUACCUAUGGUGUAACUUUCCUGUUAAGUGCCAACAGUGAUGUAUGAUAAUAUGCCAUUGAAAUGCGGACUGUAAGAAUGUAUUGAUAUGAGGAUUUCCUGUUUGAUAAUAAAACAGAAACCACA